UCCAACAACAUAGAAGGUGGUGGCAUAAAAAUCCAAGUGGAGCCAAAGCUUUUUCUCUUCUUUUAUAAAGAAGAUAUCCUUUUAAUAUUUGGUGGAAUCAAAAAAAAAAAAACAAAAAAAAAUUGUGCCGCCUCUGGAAACAGACAUGGCAAAGUCCACUCUUCUGUUUGUUCUUAAGGCACUCAUGGCUUUGAUAUUUGCAGCUUGGAUUUCUCUUUGGCUUCUGAAACCAACGCAACUAUGGACUGAAAAAUGGAAGGGAGCUGAAGAUGCAGCAAGAAAUACAGUGUUUGGAUAUUAUGGUCUUAAUUUUGCUGUUUAUACAUUCCCUCCUAUUGCUUUGGCGAUUAUUGGAUCUCUCUACUUGAAUUUGACGCCUAAGGAGCCAAUAAGGAGAAGAGGGAGGGGAUUGAUUGCUGCAAGUUUCUCAAAUCCAUUGGUGGUGAAUGCUCUUGUUGGUGUUUUAUCCACUCUAGAAAUUCUAGCAGUGUUCCUCUUCCUCCUCUUCUUAGCUUGGAGUUUUUACGCCCGAAUCUCUAAUGAUUUCAAGAACUUGAAGCCCUCAAAAUCGAUAGUGCUGAAUUCAUGGCAACUCAAGUACUUAAGGGUGGCAACUCGGUUCGGUUUGCUAGCAGAAGGCUGUCUGGCUUUUCUUCUCUUCCCUGUCUUAAGAGGGCUGGCCUUAUUCCGGUUUCUCGGCAUCCAGUUUGAAGCUUCAAUCAAAUAUCAUACAUGGCUUGGCACUGCAAUGCUAUUUUUUGCCACUUUCCAUGGUGCAAGCACUUUGUUCAUUUGGGGUGUCAGCCACUAUAUUCAAGAGGAGAUAUGGAAAUGGCAGGACACCGGGCGGAUAUACAUUGCUGGGGAGAUCUGUCUAGUUGUAGGGUUAGUAAUUUGGGUCACAUCACUUCCUCAAAUAAGGAGAAAAAAGUUCGAGAUAUUUUACUACACACACCAUCUCUACAUGGUUUUCCUAGUGCUCUUCUUGUUUCAUGCUGGAGAUCGUCACUUCUACGCAGUUUUCCCUGGAAUUUUUCUGUUUGGCCUUGACAAGCUGCUUCGAAUCAUACAAUCCAGACCCGAAACUUGUAUCCUAUCUGCCCAAAUUUUCCCCUCCAGCGCUAUCGAGCUUAUUCUACCAAAAGAUCCAGGGCUCAAGUAUACACCAACAAGUGUUAUAUUUGUGAAGGUACCAAGCAUAUCCAAAUAUCAGUGGCACUCAUUCAGCAUUAUCUCCAGCUCUAGUGUCGAUCAGAACACAAUGUCAAUUUUAAUCAAAUCCGAAGGAUCGUGGACUAGUUCUCUCUCAAAUAUGAUCCAAACUAGGCAAGAGUCGGAUAACGAUCAGCUGAACUACAUACCUAUCGCAGUAGAAGGCCCUUAUGGACCUGUCUCUAUGGACUUCCUAAGAUAUGACAGCCUAAUGCUUGUUGCUGGAGGAAUUGGGAUAACCCCAUUUCUGAGCAUCUUACAAGAGCUUGCUUCGUUUGAAAACACCAGCACACACAAAUUCCUGCCAAGAAUACAACUUAUAUAUGCUGUGAAGAAGUCCGAAGACAUUUGUCUAUUGAACUCAAUCUCAACCCUAAUCUUUAACCAGCCAUCUGAAAAAUGCCAUCUGAAAGUUAAAAUAUUUGUGACACAAGAGCAGUAUGGUACAACAGUAAGAGAACUACUCGACGAGUUUUCGCAAGUGAAAGUGGUACACUUUGGUACAAAGUUCUUGAAUUAUUCGAUCAAUGGACUCGAAAGCCCAGUUUGGAUGGCUGCCAUAACCGGAAUCUCUUCCAUCCUGUUUCUGAUCUUUCUUAUCAUUUUCAACCACAUUUUUAUUCCCUCACAAAAAAUGGCCUCCAAAUCAACGAAAGAAAAGACUCCGUCUUCAAUUGCAGAUCUGCUUAUCAUAUCUUCUUUCAUUGUAGCAAUAACAGGCAGCAUUUUUGUUGCACUUAUUGUAAGACGGAGAAGGAUACAGAAAUUGAUUCCUCCGAUUCUCCAAAAACAAGGGAAAGACUUGGAAAAAAGCUCAAUGCAAGCAAGUGAUGCUGCUCUUGAGGAACAUGAAAUCCAUUUUGGAGGCAGGCCUAACUUUCAAGAUAUCUUUGCAAAGUUCUCAGAUGAGACGGGUGGAUCUGAUAUCGGAGUGAUGGUGUGUGGACCCGAGACUAUGAAAGAAUCAGUGGCAACAGAAUGCCAGCAGAAGUUGGGUUCUAAUAAGAAGCACAAAGCCAGUUUCAGCUUCCACUCCCUCAAUUUCACACUUUAGCUACUAUACAAACCCUAAGCAUUAAUAAAAAAAAACUGAGGAUGUUAAAUCUAAAAUUUGUCUCUUCAGAUUGGUCACUUGUCAUUGCUCGCUAGGGUUAACGUUGUAAAAUCGAGAAUGUACAUGUAUAAAUAUCUUUAUUACAAUUAUGAACCUUGUAGUGCCAA